AUGGCCUGGGCCCCUCUCCUCCUCCUGUUCCUCUGCCACUUCUCAGGUUCCCUGUCCCAGCCUGUGUUGAUCCAGCCGCCCUCCCUCUCUGCAUCUCCUGGAGCAUCAGCCAGACUCACCUGCACCCUGAGCUGUGGCACUGUUGUUGGUGGCUAUCACAUAUCCUGGUAUCAGCAGAGGUCAGGGAGCCCUCCCCGCUAUCUCCUGAGAUACUACUCAGACUCAGAUAAGCACCAGGGCUCCGGGGUCCCCAGCCUCUUCUCUGGCUCCAAAGAUGCCUCGGCCAAUGCGGGGAUUCUGCACAUCUCUGGGCUGCAGCCCGAGGACGAGGCUGACUAUUACUGUAGUACGUGGCAUGGCAACAGUGGCACUUACACAGUGCUCCAGAGCCAGGGGGAAGUGACACCGAAACCUCCCCUGUGCUCUCCCUGCCUGGUGCAGUCACUGCUGCCCGGCCUGGGGCAACAUCAAGCUAAGGGUUGA